GUUACCGGCCUCCGCGUUCUUUCUCGAGUUCCCUUCCGGCCGGCGCGGAGGUUACGUCCCGGCGGCGCAUGACGCAGCACGCUCCGCUAUAAAUACGUGCCGACGCGCCCGGCUUUCCCUCUGAUCGCGCGGCCUGCUGGCAAGAUGGCGCCGAAAGCCAAGAAGCCUAAGAGGACAACUUGGAAGUUUGGUUUGGACCUUACUCAUCCAGUAGAAGAUGGCAUUUUUGACUCUGCAAAUUUUGAACAGUUUCUACGGGAGAAGGUUAAAGUCAAUGGGAAAACUGGAAAUCUUGGGAAUGUUGUUCACAUAGAACGCUUCAAGAAUAAAAUCACAGUUGUUUCUGAGAAACAAUUCUCUAAAAGAUAUUUGAAAUACCUUACCAAGAAAUACCUCAAGAAGAAUAGUCUUCGUGAUUGGCUUCGUGUGGUUGCAUCUGAUAAGGAGACAUAUGAACUUCGCUACUUCCAGAUUAGUCAAGAUGAAGAUGGGUCUGAAUCUGAGGACUAGGUGAAGGCACCUUAUAUAGGCCUUUGCUUACUAAUAAAACAUGAAGUUUACUAAGAGAAACAUCUAGAAAUGAAUUUUUAGUUUAUCAGUGAAUAAAAAAUUUAACACUCUGUU